AUGAAAGUUUUCCUUUUGUUCGCCCUACAGCUUUAUCUUUUCACUGGUGCAAGGGUUGGGGCAUUCAUUCCCAUAAAUAAACAUCGACACCAGAGAGGUCUUCGUUAUAAGCACAUAGACCUAGUUUUAUUUCGUUCUGAUUCUUCUGACGAGCCAUGGAAGAUCGGGUGGCGAGUCAAUGAACAGUGGCUCAAAAAAAAUAGGAACCCGGAGUACACCGUCUUUGGCAUAGGCAUCCGUGAUGACAGCAGGCCUCAAUUUGCAUCAGGACUGCUUCUUGCCGUCAUCGCCAUCGACCAAGGCGCAAUUUACGGAAUCAACACUAUAGAAGACUUGGCCCAACAGCAGUUCCCCGAAGGGAAGAAUGAAAUUCCCCUGCGCUGGAAGGAUGACGCGAAGGAAAAGCCUGUAUUCAGGAACGUGACUGCGCAAGGUGCUCAGGAUCUGGUGUUGACGACAGAAAGGUUCUAUUAUUUCCUUCGCCAGCUCUUCAGGAAAGCAGGGUAUUGGGAAGAUCCCACAAUACAUGAUAUCCGCCGAGCACUUGGAAAAAAGGUUGAUGGGCGAUACGGCUCAGCAUUAGUUUCACAAUUAUACGGUCAUAAAGAUGGGAAAACCUACCCAACGAGCUAUCUUGCCCAUUGCUCGUCCAUUAAUACUGUCGACUGUGUUCUUGAUGAGAAGGGAGACGAUCGCCAUAUCGAAUACUGGCAAGGCCAUGAGCAAUACCGUGAAACCGGUUUGCCUAGUCAUCUGCCCGCUGGGAUCGAAGAAUCUGUCCUGGAGAGCGAUGAACUUGCCGAAAUAAAAAGCCACAUUGGCUUGGCAGAUGCAAUAGGCGACAAAGACAGGGGAAAUUACGAGAGAUUACAAUACAGGAAUACCCAUAUUCGCCUCCGCCUUUCAGCUCUUACAAACUACCGGACCCAAUGGGUUCGAGACAGGAGAGACUGGACGGUUUUGUCAAGAGGGCAGAAAUCACCCAAUGACCCAGAAAAGAAUGCUUGCACACGUGCCCUUGCUCUUAUUAUGCCCGAAAUCGGCCGCCUAGCGGCAAUCAUGUCGUCCACAGAGCCUAUGUCAUUUGACGAGAAGCUCCUCUUCAUGAAGGACCUACAAAGGCAGUGCUCGCGGGAAUACGACAUAAUAUACUUGCCGAAUGAAGCACCUAUCAAUGGCAAAUGCCCGAUUGAAAGCUGCCAGGAAGACGUUGACUCACUGGCGAAAUCCAGCCGGAGUAGACAUAUCCAUGAAUGCGUCCGCCGCGAUAAAGCUUCCCAGCUUGGAGUGAGGAAGUUCGACAUGGAAUUCUGCUACGAAUGUAUGGAAUGGUUUCAUACAAAGCACCAAUGGCGAGAACACUGUGAGAAACACUUGCUAUCUUGGGGGAGGCUCCAUUGCGAAGUCAUCAUUUACCGCUAUACUGUCAUCCGACCGGGUUAUUGUCCAUGUUGCCUCUUUGAUGAGUCUCUUGAUGCGGAGAAAAGGCUUCGUUAUUGGUGCCAUAGCAAGAAACUUCGGGACCAUAUCAAGGAAACUCAUCUGCAGGGGAUGAAAUGGCCAGCUACAGAUCCCUUGUGUGGCUGUCCACGGUCUUUUGACAACGCGCAUGAUUUCUGCCAUCACUUGUAUGAUGUACAUGGCUUGGCAAAGGGUAUCUGGCAAUCGCGAAAUGCGGACAAUGAGGACGACGAGGCUACAAAGGUACUCUGCGUACGUGGGGAAACAAGAGCUCUCCCAUGGGAGCAGCAACAAGGGAAUGAGAAGAGAAGCGAAAGCUGCGCCAAAGAAGCUCGGACUGACGAUCAUGGCCUGCCAUCUACUUCCAAGGUGGAAUCGAAAUACACUUCAAUGGAGCCAAAGAAAAAGCGGAAGAAGGAAACCCGAUUUUUCCAAUACCAGCCUUCACGCCCUGAAUCUCAGCAAUACCCCUCGAACCACAUUUGUAUCACCAAACCGGCUCGGUUCUCGUUUGUCGAGGAUCAGCAAAGACGAUUUGAGUGCUCUGCUAGUAGUGAUAGGGCCAGCGCGAGCAGCAGGAGUAAUUCAAUUGCAUCUUACGUCUCAGAUGCCGAUUCACGUCUCAGCUCGCAGCCAACGACGCCCGGUCUUGAUGUCAUUGACCCUAGAAUUCUCGUCCCUAUCGGCUCCAACAUAGAGGAUGAUUGCCCGGGUUACGACCAGGAGCCUAUUCAGCUGAAUGCUCAUUCUUUGGGUGAACUCGAGACAAAGGAGUUAAAUGACACGAUAGACCCAAAACCUCCUGUUCCGAGCCCUGCCAAACUAUCUCGUGGAGAUUGUACCAAUGAAGUCAAUGACAACAUUGGUAGGGCUUUGGAAACAUAUUGUCCUACCCCCUCCAGCAACACAGCGGUCGCGGUAGAUGAUAAGUGCGAGGAACGCCCUCAUACGCAGGCAGAACCCGACGGUAACCCCUCUUGUGAUGAUCAAGCUGAUGUCAGCAACUUCCGUAGACCGCUCACGAGAGCAAAGGCAAGAUCACAGCCGCUUCUGGGUCAUCCGGUUGAUUUGGGUACUCGCAAGCCUCGGCGGAAGCUUACCACAAAAGAAAAGCGAAAGCUGCUUGAGCUCAAGGGCCAGAACCUGACCUUGAGGCAGAUUGGGCCUCUCUUCGCAGACGUAGAUACGGCCUUCCUGCGACAGUGCUGGAAGAAUAUGGAGCUUCCUCGGCGAUACACCAGAUCACGGGCUAAUCGAAUGGCCCGUCGUGACUAUGCUCGCUAA